AUUUUCAUCUGGCAAAAAUGGGUGAACCUCAACAAGUGAGUGCCCUUCCUCCGCCUCCAAUGCAGUAUAUAAAAGAAUAUACUGAUGAGAAUAUCCGUAAGGGCCUGGCUCCAAAGCCACCUCCACCUGUGAAAGACAGUUACAUGAUGUUUGGUAAUCAGUUUCAAUGUGAUGAUCUAAUUAUUCGACCCUUGGAGAGCCAGGGUAUUGAACGGUUGCACCCUAUGCAGUUUGAUCACAAGAAGGAAUUAAGAAAACUUAAUAUGUCUAUCCUGGUCAAUUUUUUGGACCUCUUGGAUAUCUUGAUAAGGAGUCCAGGGAGUAUAAAGCGAGAGGAGAAACUGGAAGACUUAAAACUGCUUUUUGUUCAUGUCCAUCAUCUUAUAAACGAGUAUCGCCCUCACCAAGCUAGGGAGACGCUGAGAGUCAUGAUGGAGGUGCAGAAACGUCAGCGUUUGGAAACAGCAGAGCGAUUUCAGAAGCACUUAGAGCGAGUUGUUGAGAUGAUUCAGAACUGCCUGGCUUCUUUGCCUGAUGAUCUGCCUCAUUCAGAGGGAGGACUGAGAGUGAAAGUGGAACCAAUGGAUACUGAUGAUGGCAGCAACUGUAUUGGACAGAGCGAAAAGCAGAGAGAGCGUUCUGGUGGCAAGAGAGAUCAGGUUUUAGACAAAGAUGCAGCUAUGUGUAGCCUUAUUGAUGAAAUGACAUAAAGAAAACACUUCUGUUAGCUCACCAUGGUGAGAGGCAGAAUGGAUUUGGAGGGUAUACGUUCUGUUUUGUUUUGCUGUUGUACAAGCAGACAAAGCAUUUAUUGUACACCUGUUGGAGGUUGUGAGUGACUAGGCAGAUCAAACCAUUUAAUAUUUUGUGAGCUCUGUGUUUAUUGGUAGAAACAAAAAAGUAUACUUCUUGUUAAAUGUAUCGUGUGAGGUGGUAGCCGCAGAUUAAAGUUAGCUUUUUCUGUUG